UGAAACCUACAUGUUUGAUAUUGAUUGAAACCUACAAAAACAAAAGCAAACGGUUUCGGGUACGCGAUGAUAUCAAAGUCGCAAUUAAUUAACUACCAUAUUCGACACUUUCCCUCCCUAUAUAAAAAUGAAAAACCUCUUUCUCCAAAAUGGAAUAUACUCGCCCCAUUCCAUUCUAUUUCAUCAUCACCGUUUCUUCAUUCUCUCCUCAGAUCUACUUUCUCUCACUUACGUUCAACGAAUCAAUGAAUUCUCAUUCUUGUAUUCGCAACCACCUAAAUCUCCAUUUCCGUCUCUCUCCUAUUCAUCGCCUCUCUCCUCCUCCUCCAUCUUCUUCCACCUCCUACCUCCAUUGCACUGCUAUCAAGUUACAUCCACUCGUAAUUCAACAUUACAGCUCUUGUGUUCGACGUAAUGCCUCUACCCAAGCCUUCGACAAGGAUUCAUUUGACUUUCCGAUACUUGAUGAUUGGAGUCCUGAAGAGAGUACUUCAUAUGUGCUCUCAUCCAGUGACGGUGAAGACUUUGAUGGCGAUGUCUUUCUUACCCCAGUGAAUGAUGUUGAUUUGCCUUCUUCUUCUGCAUCAAAUAAGGAUGCUUUAACGGUGGCUGCGCAUCGGCUUGUAACCAUUGGGAGGGGACAGAAGAAACACAGGAUCAAAGUUGGCCUUUUCAUGACUAUGGGGCUUGUAAUCGGCUUGACAGUACUGCUUUUAUAUGUAGAUUGGUGUGUAUGGAAAAUUGUUAGACUGCCGUUAUCACCUUUUUACUUGACUCGACCAUUUCUCAUAUCAGCCAUUUUGGUUUCUUUUGUUGGCUAUGUUUGUGUCCCAAUUUUUGGUCAUUUUAAAUCUAUCCAUGUUAUCAAGCAACAAGGGCCUCUUAGACAUCAACAUAAAAGGAAGACACACACAUUGGGUGGUUUAUUUUUUGUACCUAUUGGUAUAAUUGUUGCUCAUGUUAUUACCGCGUCCUCAUCUAUAGAAGUGGCUGGGGCAUCUGGUGUAACAAUUGCAUUUGCAGCAGUCGGUUUACUUAGUGACAUAUUAAACCUCACCAAGAAUCAUUGGAGAGGUUUACCGGAAUUGGCAGAAGUAUUCUUGGAGGUAGCUGUUGGAACGUGCUUUUCGUUUUGGUUGGACAUCACCAGUGUAUCUUCACCCUAUGGCAUGCGCGUGGAAGGCAUGGCAUGGGAGGGAGAGAAAGAAAGUUUGAAUGCAUGGGAGGGAGAGAAAGAAAAGAGUGUUUGUGGAGGACGUGCAUUCCUCGGAUGUCCUCGUCCAUAUAAUUGCUCUUCCUCAUUUGGAUUUGUUUCUUCCGUCAAGCAUAUUGCUAAUAUUGCUAAGACGUUGAGACCACGAGGAACCUUCACCAGCAGCCCACGUUGA